CCUUUUACAUGAAUUAACUUUUGGACAUUGGCCUUAAUUAAUUAUUAUGCUGCACAUGUUUUAACCUCAAAUUUUAGUGUAACGGUAUUCUUUUUGUGGUGUUGUUUAUGAACAAUAAAAAUGAAUAAAAGGACGCUUCAAAUUCUGAGAAACUGCGGACUCGCAUCUCAAAAUUCUGAUAAUGUUGAUAAGAAACAGAGAAGUGAGUCAACAUUACCUACAAGUUCAAUAGCUGAUAAUAACUGUUAUUGUUCACCUGAAAUGUCAUUACAACCUUUAACUCCUAUUGUAUCCAAUGAGAUCCAACUGAUUGAGGAUAACGAUUCGAAUAAUUACGCAACUUUGCAGAACAUUACGAUUGAAACUAAUGCGACCAAUCUCGAACCAGGGGAAUUUAUUACUGACAACGAUGAUGAUUCAUAUGUAGAUCCUGAUUACUCACCCUCCGAUGCUUCUGAUAUUGAUGAUGGGAUCGACAGUAACAUGAACUCGUAUCCAGUUACAGCAGAUUUUGAGAAUGUCCAACUCCAGAGCGAAAACCCAGAAGAGAUUUCAGAAAAUGAUACUCCUCAUAAAAAAACAGAAAAUGAACACACGCGUUUCGAGGGAAGUGGAGAACAGAAUUUGGAAAGUCUUACUCAGAAACGUAAAGUAGGAGGACGUCAGAAAAAGGUAGAUGAACAAAAAACUAGGAAGCGUGUUAGAAAUGCUAAAUCGUGGAAGGAAAAUAUUAGGAAAGCGUUGAAAGAACAAGGCAAAGAAUAUGUGAGCAAGAAAGGAAGCGUUAAGGUUGCAAAAGAAAUGAAAUUGCCUUGCACUUGCCGAAUGAAGUGCUAUGAGAAAAUUAGUGAAGAACGCAGGAAGAAGCUAUUCGAAGAUUUUUACAACUUAUCAAAAGACGCCCAGGAUCAGUAUAUUUCAGAGACCAUUAAAGAAACCACAAAACAAAGAGAAAGAGUUAGAAAAUUAAAGGAAAAAAAUGGUAAUUGCAGUCGCAGAAAAUUUACUAGAAAAUAUUUCCUAACGGAUGAUAACGGUCAAAGUAAUGAAGUGUGUCAGAUAAUGUAUCGUCAUACCUUCGAUUUUACUUUAAAAAAAAUUAGGAUCAUUACAGAGAAAAAAAGAGUGGCUAAGUCAAGCAUUUGCCCUUUAGAUGGUAGAGGUAAGCACUCAAAACACAAGAAAAUUGCAGAUGAGCAAAAAGAUACUAUCAGAAAUCACAUCAAUCGUUUUCCGGCAUACAGGAGUCAUUAUUCGCGAGAACGUACCUCAAAGAAAUACCUAAGUUCCGAUCUUUCGAUUGCAGAGAUGUAUCGUCUGUACUGUGAAUAUUGCAGAAGCAAUGAUAAAACAGCUGAAAAGGAGUCACUAUAUAGAAAAAUUUUCAAUGAGGAGUUUAACCUUAGUUUUCAUGCUCCAAAAAACGAUACUUGUGCCAAAUGUGACCAGUUUGCCUUGAGCUUACAAAACUUGGAAAACAAGCAAUUAACUGAAGAGGAAAAUGAGAUUCAGAAAAAACUUCUGGAGGACAAGGAAAAACAUCUAGAUUUCGCUGAAAAAGCUUAUAAACAAAAGGCGCUGGACAAAGAACGAAGCAAACAGGAUAAGUCUUUUGCAGUAGCCUCUUUUGAUUUAGAAAAAUGUCUGCCAACACCGUAUCUUCGUAACGGUGUUUCAUUCUACAAAAGGCAAUUAUGGACGUACAACCUAACUGUGUAUCAAACUACUACAAAAGGUAGUGUUGGCAUUUGUUACCUUUGGAACGAAACAGUAGCAGGCCGUGGUGGACAAGAAAUAUCUUCAUGUCUAAGGCAGUUUAUACUUUCCCUUCCAAAUGAAGUGGAAGUGCUUCACUUGUAUAGUGAUUCGUGUUCCGGACAAAAUAGGAAUAUUUUUAUGUGCACAAUGGUCUUGUUAGUAAUGAAUGAAAUGAAAAGGUUGGGUCGAAGCUUGAAAGAAGUGCAUCAUAAAUUUAUGGAACCUGGUCACACCCACAUGGAGGCGGAUACAAUACAUGCCGUGAUAGAAGCUGCCAAAAGGAAAACAACGGCUGAAAUAGAAGUUCCUCACGAUUGGUGCAAUUUUAUAAGGAACAUACGAAGAAGUCCUCCUCUACAGGUUGUAGAAAUGCCACAAAAGGAAUUUUUGAAUUUCAGUAGCCUGCUAUCCGAUAAGUUGGUACAUCGUAAGAAAAAUGACGAUGGCGAAGCAAUUCCAUGGAUAAAGAUAAAAUGGUUAAUGUACAGUCAUAAUAACGAUUAUCGUUGUUUGUAUAAAACGAGUCUUGAGGAAAGCGAAGAAUUCAAAAAAAUUGACCUAAGGAGAGGCUCUACCAGAAAACGAGCUAACGAAAUUGAAGUUGCCCAACCGAAACCAAUUACUUUGGAUCCUCUGCCUGUAGCAGAGCUUAAGGUUAGCAAUCUGAUGGAUUUACUGCCCUAUAUCAGCCAAUACAAUAAACCAUUUUAUCAAGCUUUAAAAAAAUCUGAAGAACUGGAUCCUGAUAUUCUUCCAGGCGCCGAAAGCGAUUAAAUGGCAUUUUAUCUUAUUAUUUCUUGUUGUUUUGUGGAAAAUAAAUCAUUUUGUUGACCGAGUUUUAUAGUGUAAUUUCUCAAAUGUAGGCCCAAUGUCCACUUCUGUUUCAAAAUUGAAGGCCAAU